GAGUUUCUUAAUAUAGCGAAUGACCGCAAAGAUGGCUUCCUCUUUACUGAAGGUUGCAGUUACAGGUCUCUCGAGGUGUGCGUGGCACUCUUUACCCUCAGUGAGGGCAGUGUCUCUGACUGUACCGGUGGGUCAAGGUGUCCCUCAGUCAUUGUGGAAGUUAGGCAGACUGAAUCAUGUGGCCAUCGCAGUGCCAGACCUGGAGAAAGCCACAGCGCUGUACCGUGAUGUGCUGGGGGCUCGAGUGAGCUCCACUGUGCCUCUCCCUGAGCACGGGGUGUACACUGUGUUUGUGGAACUGGGGAACACCAAAUUAGAACUUCUGCACCCUCUUGGAGAGAAAAGUCCUAUUGCAGGAUUCCUGCAGAAGAACAAAGCUGGAGGGAUGCAUCAUAUCUGUAUCGAGGUGGAUGAUAUCAAUGCUGCAAUAGUUGAUUUGAAGGAAAAGAAAAUCCGACUGCUCUCCCCAGAGCCACGGAUAGGAGCUCAUGGCAAACCUGUGAUGUUCCUCCACCCAAAAGACUGUGAUGGGGUUCUUGUGGAGAUAGAACAAGCCUAGCUAUCACACAUCAGAUUGUUAUCUAGUAAAUAGAGACACUUUGAUUAGGCUGUUCAUUUUUGACACUUAAGCUAUCGUGAUCACUGCAAGAACACUUGUUCCAUCAAUUUUCAAUCUGUUACGGUGUGCUUUAUAUUCUUGGCCUUUGGCUUUUUUUCUGAAGGAAAAGGUUUUCUUUAGUGACCUAAUAAAUGAUUAAGUUAGUUUGAUAAUUUGACCCUAAACAAACUCACACAUUAAAAAUGUGUAUAAAGUUCGUA